AUGUCUGCUCUCACAAUUGCCCCUUCGUUUGGCCCUAGGCCGCUGGUCCAGUCUCGUAUGCGUGGUGCUCUUCGCCCGACCAAACUGAGCACCGUGAACCGCUUGAAUGCUACUCCCCGCCCAACCCCUCUGAAACGCUCGAUUGUGUACAGCUCGGAUGAAGAAAACAUUGCUCCCUCCUUCGGCAAACUAGACUCGACCAAGCGCAAGCGUUCCUCCGAAGAUGACGAGCAACUCUUCGAAUCCCCAAAGGCCCUCAAGACGACCCGCAUGUCGUCAGCCUCGGAGGUGAACAAACCAGUCGAGACCCCAACUCCUCGUAAGGUGAGCGUUACCAUUGGGAAACCCGCUGGUCGCUCUCCAUUGGGCAAGUCCACCAAAGCUUUUGGUCGCCGCUCCCAGCGUACUCCUCUCGGGCGUCUGGCUCAAGCACCAGCACCCAUCACCAAAAGCCCUGCUCCACAGUCCACUCGCCAGCCAGCCAGCUGGUUCUUUGAUAUCCACGUCGACACUCCUGAUGAGGAAGCCUCCAACACCAUGCAGCACUUUGCUGGCCGUCUUGAUAUCAGUGAUGACGAUGAAGCUAGGGCCAAGGCUGAUGACCGUGGCAAGGAAAACAUUCCUCCUCACGAGCUCGGAAUCGCGAUGCCACCUGCUGCCCAGCCGCUCAUGUCUACUGCCCGCCAUGGAAAGAACAUGAUGGCCUCUUCACGCUCUCCCCUCGUCGAGCUCAAGCCCUCCGAUUACUACCCCGCCGAUCUCAAGGGCGUCUUUGACACCGUUGUCAUUAAUGAGGCAUCUACUCCCACCGUGUCCAAGGAGCUCAUCCCCUCCGAGCCCGAUUUAUCCAACACCGAGGCUGAGUUUGUGACUGAGACUGAGAAGAAUGCUCAGAUCUAG